GAUUCUGCUCUUGCCUGUCAGCACAAUUACUUUACCUUUUCUUAUUGUCGUUUCUUUGCUUUUUUCUGUUGUAUAGUGUACUGGUGACUGAUGUUACUCAUCCUUCCUUCCUUGCCAUGCAAGAAAGCAAUAUAAAUAAGUUUCAAAAAAGCAUAAAAGAAAGUAAUAUAAUUAAAGAAAAGCAUACACUUAUUUUGUUAAUAUAUUGUAAUUUGUGACUGAAUUGAGAGAUAUUCGUGUAGAUUGCGUUUUUGGCCUUUUAGGGAUUUUUCAAAAUCUUGAGUAUUAUCGCAAAUAGCACAAUGAAAAUAUUUUUUCGCUAAAAUAUAGACAUCGUACUAUUACUGAUGAUCUUUUCAUGAAUCGUAUAGCCCUUACAUAUAAAACAGGAAUAUUUUAAAAUUUUAUUGAGGAAUAAUUCCCAAUUAUACCUAACAAAUCUCAACCAAAUCGAUAAAUUUGCGUUGAAUGUAAUCUAUGUUUUUAAUAUAAUUAUUUCUAUGUGUUGAUAAGUACCAUAACUUAAAUCUAAGUCAAUCUUCAAAGCAAUAAAAAACGAAUAAAAAGCAAAAUAUAUUUUGUUUGAGAACCGAUCGAACCACUUCCAACCUAAACCGUGCCAAAAAAAAAAAAACCACAAAGAGAGUCACGUUUAAUUACUUGAAUGGCAUGCAUUGACCAAAACAAUAAAAUUAAUUGAAUUUGUUAACCAAAAAAUCUGAAACCGGAUAAUGCGCCAAUCAGUAACACACAUAUAAAUAGUUCAGUAUAGGGAAGUAAAUAAAACAAAAGAGUAAUAAACCUGAGAGAACCAAAACAAACACACAACCCUAAUUAACAUUCAUCCUUUCUUCUUGAUCAGCUCUUCUUUUUUCUUCUGUUAAAUCAAAACAAACCAUAAUUAUAUUAGAUUAUAGAUUCCUAAUCACGCCUCGAAGUAGUAGAUCAGGAAUAGGAUAUAAGUUACUAAUUACUAAUGGCGGAUCUCACUUGUACGACGCCGUUUGUGUUAUAUCCAUUACUCGUGAUCAUCCUCUUCUUCUACUCAGUUAACCACCGUAGCGGAUUUCUCUCCUCCGUCGUCGACGACGAUCCUUCGUGUCAUCUCUCCGUCUCCCCGCCGUCUUCUCCUGAAUCAGUUCUCUCUUACUUCAGAUUCUUUCCUUUACGUUCUUCUUCGUCAUGUCUCACCACUCUCAACAACUCUUCGUCAGAAGGUACGGUGGUAAAAGAAGUCGAUGAAGCGGCGGAGAGAAUCGAAGAAGGUUUGGCGAUGGCUAGAGCCGCCAUAAAGAAAGCCGGAGAAGUGGAUCUCCGUCGUCGUCGUGAUCGGAGGAAUGGUUCGGAUUCGGGAUUCGCAUCAAAUGGAUCUAUCUAUCUCAACGCUUUUACUUUUCAUCAGAGCCACAAAGAGAUGGAGAAGAGAUUUAAGAUAUGGACAUAUAGAGAAGGAGAGGCUCCUCUGUUUCACAAAGGUCCUCUCAACGACAUUUACGCUAUCGAAGGCCACUUCAUGGACGAGAUCGAGAACGGGAAAAGCCGCUUCGCCGCAGCUUCACCGGAGGAAGCAACCGUGUUCUACAUCCCUGUAGGGAUCGUCAACAUAAUACGAUUUGUCUAUAGGCCUUACAUUAGCUACUCACGUGACCGUCUCCAAAACAUUGUCAAAGACUACAUCUCUCUCGUCUCUGACCGUUACCCUUACUGGAAUCGAAGUCGCGGCGCUGACCAUUUCUUCCUCUCGUGUCACGAUUGGGUGAGUAAUAGUCACACAUUUCUUGUGAAAUUAUUUUUUAAGAAAACUAACCCUAACUAUUCCUUGUUGUUCAAGGCACCUGAUGUUUCAGCGGUAGAUCCAGCACUAUACAAGAAUUUCAUCAGAGCUCUCUGCAACGCCAACGCAUCAGAGGGAUUCAAACCGAUAAGAGACGUUUCUUUGCCUGAGAUCAAGAUUAAAUACGGCAAACUAGGGCUUACACACAGCGGAGAAUCACCUCAGAAGCGCAAACACUUGGCGUUUUUCGCCGGAGGGUCUCACGGAGAAGUCAGGAAAGUACUUUUCAAACACUGGAAAGGAAAGGACAAGGACGUCCUUGUCUACGAGUAUCUCCCCAAGUCAAUGAGCUACACGAAACUUAUGGACCAAGCAAAGUUUUGUCUGUGUCCCAGCGGCUGGGAAGUGGCGAGUCCGAGAAUCGUGGAGGCUUUUUACUCUGGUUGCGUUCCGGUUAUCAUAGCUGAUUCUUACGUUCUCCCGUUUAGCGACGUGUUGAACUGGAAGACGUUCUCGGUUCAUGUUUCUGUAGAGAAGAUACCUGAGAUUAAGAAGAUUUUGGAAGCGGUAUCUGAGGAAGAGUACUUGGAGAUGCAGAAGAGAGUUCUUGAGGUUAGGAAACACUUUGUGGUGAACAGACCGUCUAAGGCGUAUGAUAUGUUGCAUAUGAUUAUGCAUUCUAUUUGGUUACGUAGGCUUAAUGUUCGUAUUCCUCUUUGAUAGCGAUACUAUAUAGUGUUAUACUCUUUGGUAGAUGAAUACACAUAUCAAGUUGACAAGUUCUA